AUGAUCGAACUGUAUUUCCUUUCCAUUUUCUAUUCAGCGCUGAACCAUGUUCCCCCGUUUGUGUGGGCCGUUAUCCAUGUCCUCGGCGACAUAACCAUGUUCUGGGUGAAACGACUGAUGGCGUAUGCCCGACCCAAGUCGCGCACCUUGUACCACCGUGCGAUAACAGAGCUGGAUCAAUGCGCCAACUACGAGACCUGGCAUGCGCAGGCCGAAAUCGUCGACGAAAUAACCGGUGCGGAUCUCUGGCGUCGCAACUUUUUCUCGCAACGCUACGACGUGAACUCGGUCCUGGAGCAAUACGCGCUUCUUGACGAAGCGCUCGACGAAAACGAUGCCCAAACGAUCAUCAACAGAUUCUGUACCACAGGUCCGUCUAUGAUCCGCAAUUUUGCCGGUAUCGUCGACAAACGGCUCUUCACAAAGUCCCUAAUUGGAACUAAACUGCUCAUCGAACAAUACCUCGACAAAGUGCUCGAAUGUUUGCAAUUCCUGUGCGAUAUGCCUGAAGUGGCGCGUACAUCCUUCUUCCAGCGUUGCAAGCUCUCCUUAGGCACCACUGCGUUCAUUCUGCAAGGUGGCUCGCUUUUCGGGCUUUUCCACCUAGGGGUCAUCAAAGGUUUGCUCGACCAGAAGUUGCUGCCCAGCAUUGUUAGCGGCAGUUCCACGGGCGCGUGUAUCGCGAGUCUCUGCUCCGUGCUGACCAACGACGAGCUCUCCGUGCUACUCCAGGACGACAAUCUGCUUCAAGACAUCAAAUGCGACGUCGAAUUGCUCAACCAGUGCGGCUACGGCAAUAUCGACCAGGACCUCAAUCUGGGUUCAUUGCUUCAAAACGUUGUUCACAAGGGCUACUCUAAGGACGUUUACCUUUUCAUCAAAUACGUGAACAAGGCCAUUAUACGAGACUUGACCUUCGAAGAGGCCUUUCAAAGAACGGGCAAAAUCCUUAAUAUUAUCGUGCACCCUACAGACAGACACAUAUGCCCCUCAUUACUAAAUUAUGUCACCACGCCCAAUGUGCUUAUAGCCUCCGCGAUUUAUUGCAGUUUGGGCUCCGACGUCAUCACAAGUUCAACCAGAUUAUUGUGCAAAAACCUGAAGAAUGAAAUUGUGGACUUCAUCCCGCCCGAGCUGUCGACGGAACUCCGAUUUUUAACCCCGCAACACGCCUCGGAGAGCGGUUUGGCUGACAGUCCCUAUACCAGGCUGACGGAACUUUUUAACGUGAAUAAUUUCAUCGUGUCCUUGGCGAGGCCAUACCUGGCACCAUUGGUGAUGAAUGACCUGAAACAUGAAAUCAAAACUACAAAAUACUAUUACUACAAGCACUAUCCGACUCGGGACAUGAGCAAGUUCACCCCACUACAGCUGGCAAACAUGAACGAGGUAGAGCCUUUGGGUUUCAAGUUCAGGUACCAUUUGGAGCGCAAAUUGAAACACAUAAUAACCAUGGAGUUCCGACACCGCGUUGAAGUGUUGGACAAUUUAGGACUACUGAGCCAUUGGAUUAAACGACUCGCAAUCGAUGAAAAAACGCCAAGGUCCGCGAUUGAGGUGACCAUUGUACCAAAUCUCAAAAGUUUGUCGCUGGGCCGCGUGAUCAAGGGCCAGCUGGAUAACAUUCCGUAUUGGAUUCGUUGCGGUGAACAGAGCUGCUGGCCAGUUCUGGCCCUCAUCAAGACGCGAUGUGCAGUCGAGUUUGGUCUUGAUGAAAUAAUACGCAUGAAACGGGUUUCAUAG